GGAGCGGGUGUAAUUAUGGACUUUCAGACCUCUGAAGAUGACAAUCUCUUGGAUGGUGAUGCAUCAAUCGGUAAGUUAAUGUUAAUUUAAUCUUAAAAAUUGCUAUUGGUUGUGUGUGGGUUUUUGUUUUUACGUAAAACAACCGUUUUUCAUAACUACUCAAAAUUUCCUUUUAAUCUCUCCUUCAAAAGGAUGCUUUCAAGUUGAAAGUUGUUGAGAAUUGUCCUGUGUUCUUGCUUGUCAGUCGCGUUAUAUGGAACUACUUCUGAUGUAAGGCAGAUAUUAACUUCUGGCAAAUGACAAACUCUCUGUCAAGUAGGGGAGAGGUGACUGUUCUGCAGCUAUCUAGUUUGCUUAGCUGUAAGAGGUUCUGAGGCAUUACUGUCUUCGGUAUUUCUUUUUACACAGAAAUCAACAGAUAAAUCUGUUUCUGCUUGAUUUAGAUUUAUAUAUGCAAAACAGAGGCGAAAAAUGUGUGAGCAGAGGUGUUAGGAGCAGUGCAAAACACCACGAGUGAAGCUUUGACUCGGUGAAAGGUUGUAAAGAAAAAAGUAUUGGCAAAAGUAUUGAAGUUAUGCAAAGAAGAGAGAACUGAGAAACUCUGCCUAUUUAUUUCAAAUAGAUUGGUUACUGGAGUGAAAGCUUUAACAUUCUCUUAGCAAUGAUCAAAGAGAAGUAUAUAAAGAAGGGAAAGGAAGUAAUUUCUGAUAAACAUAAUUUAGUUAUAUAUAUACUCUUGUCAUUUCCUCUCGUUUUAUGUAAAAUUGAACUCGGCCUCUUGUUUUAUUUUUGAUAUCACCCUUUAUUCUCCCAUUAACCCUGUUGUGUUCCUGCUCUGCAUGCUCUUUCCUCUUUGCUAUACUUAGCACUUUGAUGUUGCCAUUAUACUUGAGAGUUGUUGUAGUGUUGCAAGCAUCCUUCUCCUCUGUCUUCUUUAUAUGUUAUCAGGUGUGUCUUGCAUGCACAGCUAUUUAACUUGUAUGCUCAUGCAGGUAUGAAAAGGCUUGGCACACUCUAUAUGCAUAAAAAUUCCUUCUACUGACUUACUUGGAAAAACAUCAGCAUUAGGAAUUGAAGUACUUGGUAGUUAUAAAUCAUAAGUGAACAGUUGUCUUCUUUGUGUACUGCAUAUGUGUCUUUUUUAAUAAAGUGAGUGCCUUGCUUGUUUAAUGUGAUACUUCUAUACAGAAAGUCUGAAACUACUAUGGUUAUUAUUUAUAUAAAUCCUCUGGGUCAUUUCAAACUUUAACAAGAAAUGCAAUUUACAGUAGAAUAAAUAGUUUCAGAGCCAAUAUUCUGCCUCUUACUUGCUGUGACAUCAUAUCCAUAAAUGGAGAUAGGUAGAUGAGAUGAUAAUUUUGUUUGCAGCAUCAAAAGCAAUAUUAAUUGCUGUGUAUGCUAACAGUUCCAAUCUUAUUGUGGUACUGAAGUAUUGGAAUGUGCACUAGGAUGUAAAUGUUAAUGUAGUUUCUUUACUGGAAUUGAAUUUUUUUUACUAAUGGCAUAUCUGCUUACCACAGUUCUGGUCAUGUAGCAAGACGUUGCAGUAGUAAUAAGCACUGUACCUAAAUGAAUGGUGAUUUAUCUUUAUGCAUGGCAAAUGUUUUCUAGGGAGUAAAUAAUAGUAAAUAGCAGUAAAUCAGAAUCUGUUGUAAAUUUUCUUCUCAGGGGUUUAGGAACAUACCUCCAAGAAAAGCUUUAAGUAAAUGCAGGAAAUUAAUACUUGUGGUUCUCAUUCCUUAGGCUUCUAAACGUGUAAGGUGGUUCUUUUGUGUGUUUUUAAUUCAGCAAAUCAUAUUGACAAGACUGAACAAGCACUUCUGUGACAGACUACGUGUCUUUUUUUUUCCUGUAGUUCUUCAUCACUGACUUUGGCAGCAACUGUUUUUUUGGGUUGUGGUUUUUUUGUUGUUGUUUUGUUACAUACUCUCCUUCUUUAAUCUUCCUGUUACUAAUGUAUUUUUGUUCUGUUGAAUCUCAGUACAGAUGAAUUCACCAUACAGGGACUGGCUUGUUCUGGUAACUGGAACAUCUCAUGCUGCUCAGCACUGCAAGAACUACGUGCAGCCCUUAGGUCUAGUGCUGUGUUUUAGCUCAUGAAUCCUGCCAAAAUCCCCAGCCUGAUUUAGAUGUUUAUUUUGAUUGUACAUUAAGUCUGUAGGUCUGGAGGAAUCUGUGAGCCUGGUUUCUUAUAGAACAUGUCAGUAGCAUAUCUCUACUCAAAAGGAUUGUGAAGUAAUAUAGGUUAAUUGAUGGCUGCAUUGCUAUAGAAAGUAAGCUUGGAGUACAGAUGAGCUUGGAGUACAGGCAUGUAUUUACACUACUUGGAGAAGUUAUCGUGGACAGUGAAGUAUUUGCCAUAAUUUUACAGUCAAUGUAAUAGAAUGCGAAAUGAUAGAUUUUUAAAACAGAAGCCUGUGCAGCAAGGGGAAAAUACUGGACUAAGGAAUUAUUUUCUACCUAGUGAUCACUGAACCAUAAACUGUAUGUACAUUUUGACAGAAGAAAAGCUAACAAUGUGGAAUUUCUUAAUUAAUUGUAGUCUUCCUCUCCUUGUUCGUAGGGUAGUAAGUUAACGGAACAAACAUCUCCAGUAAGCUUGGUAGGUCCUUCAGCUGUCAGGACAGUUAUUCAAUAGAGCCUGCCAAUACUGCCAUUCACAGUAACAGUCACACUUAACUGCGACUUACAAAGCCAAUGAGGCUGUUAGUCAGUGGUGAAAGCACAUGGGAAUGGGAGGAUAUUGGGAAGGAAUACUAAUGAUAUAUUCUACUUGUCUCAUGUGGGAAAUUCCUUUGUGUUAUAUAGGCCUAAACAUGUGAACAUUAGCUGGAAGUAGUGUUCAGAAAGGAUUAGCACCUAAGCUUGUGGGUAUCUUUAUUAAUACCUCAUUGGCAGACAUGUGCCUUUUUUUGUGUGUCACUUUUGAUUUUCAGUUUGAAUGGUUUUGUGUAGUUCCAUGUGGGAGAUUGACUGCUGGUGUUUUACCAGCAUUUACCAGAAUUAUAUGAGGAGAUCUGUAGUAUUUAGUUAAUAAAAAAAAAAAAAAGAAGAAAUUACACUGGCGUAGUACUGGCGUAGUUCAGUAUUUUCCAUCAUUUUACAAGAGGAAAAGAUACUGUCUCUAAGCUGAAGUGGAACUUUCAGCACAAGAAUGUUUUACCAGAUUUCUCUUUUAACUGGUAGAUGGAUUAGGGGAUGCAGUGUUCUUUUUCUUGCAGCAUAGGCUUCCCUUGCCUUUCUUUAAAAUCUGAGAGACUCAACUGUUGGCCACUGGCUGGGCAUGAAGAUUGUGUGUUCAAUUUUUUUUUCAUUUUAUGACUGAUUUCAACAACAAGUGAGGUGAAGCUGAGAGGUUUCCAUGGUUUUACUUAGAAUUGAGAUUCAUUUAUAUGAUGUAAGAGAAGACGACUUCAAUUUUAACUGUUGCUGAAGCGUAAGGCAAAUUCAGCAUGGAGGUGGAUUUCUGUAAUGUUGUCAGACUAUGGUUUUUUCAAGGCACUGACUGAAAUCAGAUGAUUAUGUGCACUGAAAAUGGUUUACAAACACAAACAAGUGAUCUUGCUGGUAUUUACAUGUCUAGGUACUUUGAUCUGUCUGUGGUAGACUGUGUCCUGAGUGAGCUUGGAGCUCUUUUCAGUAGCUAUGCUGCUUCUUGCUUCAGUUGAAGAAAGAACUGAGUUGCUUAUAUUGUGACUUCAGCGUGAAGACAGUUUACAGUCUGGCAUAUGGUGUUAACGUAAAAUUGGCAAUAGUUAACCUUAAUAUGACAACCUGUAAACUGGUAAUUCAAAAGCUGCUGCUAGAGUUGCUCGUACGUGCUUGCAGCGAUAGCAGCACCACUGCUGAAGAAUAUAUGCCAGCAGAUAAUAAUGCUGAACACUGCAGACACCCUAAACUGUCCUUACCUAUGAGCUGGAGCCCUUUGCCUAAAGUAAGGUCCAAAACACUUAGUUUUUAGCCUCCUAAAGGGGCUUUAACCAGUAGCACUGAAAUGUGGCACAGUCAGCUAACAUAGACAUUAUUUGAGGAACAGAAUGUAAUUUUCAGCAAGUAUGGGUGGUUCUAUAUAAAAAGAAAACAUUAUCACACAAGAGGUUAAAUGUUCAAGAAAGAUCUAGAGAUUGUAUACUUUUCCAACAACACAUGGAUGUGUAUGCUUUUUUCUACUUGGCAAUCACUGAUUAUGUAAAGAAUUCAAAGAAAAAGAACUUUUCCAUUAAGAACUUCAAUGCUUGUUAUAUUCUUUGCACGGGAAGAUUUCAUUAACUGUUUUGUUAACCACAACUGAUGCAAGCAAAGCCUUCAAAGUCAUUUUGCACCAUUGAUGUGGUUUGUUUUCUGUACACGUAGUAUAAAACUGACUUUGACGUACCUCUUUUUGAAGUUAUAUACAACCUGUUUUCCAAAUGAGUAAUAUUUGCAUUAAAAGACUCAUUGUACUUCUUAGGUAAGGAUUAUAUUUGCUCUCACGUGAUUCCAUACAGAAGGGAGCUUGAAAUAAUUUGUACCUAUCAUGAGAGCAAGCAUGAGACAGCUGGUUUGUGUGAAAUGGCUCAGUGUGUGGUUAUCGCUUACCUACUUCUUUCCUAUCUAAUUGCAGUGAGAGCUGCAGACUUUUUGCCUGUUUUUCUUAUUAGUAAUGAGGCUGAAAAUGGGAUAUCUGACAAGAUAGAACCAUGCUUUCUUUUACCUUUUUUUACUGAUAGCGCGUGAAGUUAAUUCUGUUAAUCUGUUUGGAACACAGGCAGCCAUGCCCUGUGGUUACGUGGAUAACUAGCUAAUCAACAAGGUUCUUCCUUCCAGGACUUCAAAAAUCCCUGCCAGAAAACAGUAACAGAAAAGUUAACUGGAAGAUUCUUGGGUUAAUGGGAAGAGGGGUCAAGGGGGAAAAAAAAAAUGAUGAUCUUAGUUAUUGGAUGUGUGAGUUGUGGGUGUUGGAAGAAUCUUUUGCAUCUUACCUAUUCAUCGUCAUGGUGAUUCUCCUUAACUCAAAUGCCAUGCCUUGAAGUUGAUCCAUAAGAUUUUUUUAUUAUGAAAUACGGUGUAUACUGUGAUCUGUUACUUUUUUUUAGUGUGAUUAUUUGUCUGCGGUCUGUUGGUUUUUUGGCAUGAUUAUUCUCCAAAAUGAAAAGUCAUUUCAUCCUUUUCUAGUUGGACAGCCUGUAGUAGUUUUUCAGCAUUAGUCUGGGCUUCCGCUGUAUUUAAGGACUCAUUGUGCUACUUAGGAACUCAUUAUACAAUGACAAAUGGAGGAAGCAUCAACAGUUCAACACAUUUACUGGAUCUUCUGGAUGAACCAAUUCCUGGAGUAGGAACGUACGAUGACUUCCAUACCAUUGACUGGGUUCGAGAGAAGUGCAAAGACAGAGAAAGGCAUAGACGGAUUAACAGCAAGAAGAAAGAAUCAGCAUGGGAGAUGACAAAAAGUUUGUAUGAUGCAUGGUCAGGAUGGCUCGUAGUCACGCUAACUGGCUUGGCAUCAGGGGCGCUGGCAGGAUUAAUUGACAUUGCUGCUGACUGGAUGACUGACUUAAAGGAAGGCAUUUGCCUUAGUGCUUUGUGGUUUAACCAUGAACAGUGUUGCUGGGGUUCAAAUGAGACCACGUUUGAAGAGAGAGAUAAAUGUCCACAGUGGAAAACUUGGGCAGAGCUAAUAAUUGGGCAAGCAGAAGGUCCGGGUUCAUACAUAAUGAACUACAUAAUGUACAUUUUCUGGGCUUUGAGCUUUGCCUUCUUAGCAGUUUGUCUGGUGAAGGUGUUUGCUCCAUAUGCCUGUGGCUCGGGGAUACCUGAGAUAAAAACUAUUUUGAGUGGCUUCAUCAUCAGAGGUUACCUGGGGAAGUGGACUUUGAUGAUAAAAACCAUCACUUUAGUCUUGGCUGUAGCAUCGGGUUUGAGUUUAGGAAAAGAAGGUCCCUUGGUACAUGUUGCCUGCUGCUGUGGGAAUAUUUUUUCCUACCUCUUUCCAAAGUACAGCACAAAUGAAGCUAAAAAACGAGAGGUAUUGUCAGCUGCUUCAGCAGCGGGAGUGUCUGUAGCCUUUGGUGCCCCAAUUGGUGGAGUCCUUUUCAGUCUGGAGGAGGUCAGUUACUAUUUCCCACUGAAAACUUUAUGGAGAUCAUUUUUUGCUGCUUUAGUAGCUGCAUUUGUUUUAAGGUCCAUCAAUCCUUUUGGUAAUAGCCGCCUAGUUCUUUUUUAUGUGGAAUAUCACACUCCUUGGUACCUUUUUGAACUGCUACCUUUUAUUCUUUUGGGAGUAUUUGGUGGGCUCUGGGGAGCAUUUUUCAUCCGAGCAAACAUUGCAUGGUGUCGUCGACGCAAAUCUACAAAGUUUGGGAAGUACCCUGUCCUGGAGGUCAUCAUUGUUGCAGCAAUAACAGCUGUCAUCGCAUUUCCUAAUCCAUAUACGAGGCUAAACACUAGUGAGCUUAUUAAAGAGCUCUUCACAGACUGUGGGCCGUUAGAGUCCUCCUCCCUCUGUGACUACAGAAAUGAUAUGAAUGCAAGCAAAAUAGUAGAUGAUAUUCCUGACCGUCCAGCAGGCACUGGAGUCUAUUCAGCUAUAUGGCAAUUGUGUUUAGCACUCAUAUUUAAAAUAAUCAUGACAGUCUUCACCUUUGGUAUUAAGGUUCCAUCUGGGUUGUUCAUACCUAGUAUGGCAAUUGGAGCAAUAGCAGGAAGGAUUGUAGGGAUUGCAGUGGAGCAGCUGGCUUACUAUCAUCACGACUGGUUCAUUUUCAAGGAGUGGUGUGAAGUUGGAGCUGACUGUAUUACGCCUGGUCUUUAUGCCAUGGUUGGUGCUGCUGCGUGCUUAGGUGGUGUGACAAGAAUGACUGUGUCCCUGGUAGUUAUUGUCUUUGAGCUAACAGGAGGGCUGGAGUAUAUUGUGCCCUUAAUGGCUGCAGUCAUGACCAGUAAGUGGGUAGGAGAUGCCUUUGGUAGGGAAGGCAUCUAUGAGGCACACAUCCGACUGAAUGGAUAUCCCUUCUUGGAUGCAAAGGAGGAAUUUACUCACACGACACUGGCUGCUGAUGUUAUGAGACCUCGAAGAAGCGACCCACCUUUAGCUGUUUUAACACAGGAUAAUAUGACAGUAGAAGACAUAGAAAACUUGAUCAACGAAACCAGCUAUAAUGGAUUUCCUGUUAUUAUGUCAAAAGAAUCACAGAGGCUAGUGGGCUUUGCUUUAAGAAGAGAUUUAACUAUUGCAAUAGAAAGUGCCAGGAAGAAGCAGGAAGGGAUUGUUGGCAGUUCCAGGGUCUGUUUUGCCCAGCAUACCCCAUCACUUCCAGCAGAAAGCCCUCGGCCCUUGAAACUUAGAAGCAUACUUGACAUGAGCCCUUUCACCGUGACAGACCAUACCCCUAUGGAAAUAGUGGUGGAUAUUUUCCGGAAGUUGGGUUUGAGGCAGUGCCUUGUGACACACAAUGGGAUUGUCUUGGGGAUCAUCACAAAGAAGAACAUAUUAGAGCAUCUCGAGCAACUAAAGCAGCACGUCGAACCCUUGGCGCCUCCUUGGCAUUAUAACAAAAAAAGAUAUCCUCCGUCAUAUGGCCCAGACGGCAAACCAAGACCCCGCCUCAAUAAUGUUCAACUGAAACCCAUAGCUGAGGAGAGAGAGGAAACUGAAGAGGAGGUUCAUUUGUUGAAUAGCACAACACUUUAGUCUGGGAGAUACUUCUAAAAAUCAGAAAUGAGAGCUGGGUUUUUGUGUAACAGUGCUGCUGGAAAUCAGGAGUUGGUCUGGGGGAAUAUGUGGAGAGGAGGAAGGCUGUUGGGAGCAUGGGAGCUGCUGUCCUGCACUGGAUGCGUCCCGAGAUGUCCGGUCUGCCAUGAUAGUGCAGUGGGAGAGCCGUGCGAGGUGGCACAAUUCUCCAGCCCCAGCCUGGUACUUCAGCAUCGAAGAGUUGUGUUACUAGUCCCUAUUUCUGGAGGGAUCCUUCUGAAUUGAGCCAUCUUAUGGAGACUGAAAGGUCUUGCCCUUUUUACCAUUGAAAACUGUUGUGUUAACUCAUGAAAUGUAUAAUUAUUACACGUCACCUUUCUACAUUCCAGAAGAGCUUUAUUUCUCUCUCUCCUGAGCCGUAACAAAGCCUCUUUAAAUUGGUGUGCCCUUUUGAAGUAGUUGUUUCUCAUAUUGAGAUGUACUGUGAGUUACUGAGGUUGGAUCACAAGAAGGGAGGUUUUUCUUGUGCCAUUCAGUGCAUAAGGUUGAACAUCAUGAAGUGCUCGGGGCAGUACAGAUCUACUGCGACAAAAGCAGACUGAGCAGGUAAUACCUUGCAAGAGCCAUGCGAAACAUCUUUCAGCCCAUCUGCCGCGUGAUAAGAGAAAAAGUAAACAAGCUAGAGUUGCAGAGAAAAAAUACUGGUUUUGCUGCAGAAAAUAUCAAUAAUGUGACCUGAUCUUAUGCAAUUUUUGUAUUGUCGAAACACUAGGGUAUAUACCAAUGUUGUGCAGUACAACGCAGAGUACUGCUGUUCUGCUAGUUAAGAGCUGGAACAAUUCUAUAUACGUGUAUCUGGAAAAAUGCAUGCUACAACACUGGAGAUAUUUCCCCCCUGUAAAAUUUGAGAUCGCUCAUUUUUAUUUUUCCUUCUCAACAAAAGACGUUCCACUGCUGACAUGGUAGGAAGAAACGUAACUCAUAACUUGCACUAAUGUAUAUUAUUUUUCUUGAGGUUUUACCAUUAUUUAUAUUUUUAUGAAUUAAAAAAAAAUCUAUUAAAUACAAAUCAGUUAAUGUCUCACAUAACUAAUUACCUUUUUAAUGUGAUUUUAUAUAAUAAUUCGUAAUCCUCUGCGAGUCGUGGAGGAUUAGCAAAUGUUUACAACUAGAUGAAGGGUUUAAACAAAAUUGUUUCUUUACGAUCCAACAUGCAUAUAAGAUGAUUUUCAGAUGUAACUUUCACUGCCGUUACCUUAAGACUUCCUUUUUCCUUUCUGAGCAGAUAACUGGAACAGUAGUACUAAAAACAUCAUUUUCAAAAAUCAGGGUUUUAAAACGAAUAGGAAGCAACUGUAAUUAUUAGAUUGCUUUAGACUUUUUUUCUGAGGAUGUAGAGGUGUAAAUGAUACAUAGCCACAGAAGAUGAGCAGCAGGGCAGAGUCGAAUCCAGUACUUGAAAGCUUGGCAGGACUUCAGAGCUGAGCAGCACCACGUGCACCAGGAGGUGAGCUGACAUUCCUGACGUCUUUCCCCUUUCAGCCACCAGAUUUAAGUUUUCUUCACCUUUUCAUACCACCGCCAACACGUGUGGAGACAAAGGCAGCGUGCUGUAAGUCCACAGUUAAAAAGCUAACAAAUAUGGCUGACAAAACCUUGUUUUACAACAUGUGGUUAAAUAAAAUCUAGUUAUUGACAAUUUUGCCCAUCAGACUGCAAAAGCUUAAAUGGUGAAACAGCUAAAAUCUUGGGCAUCUCUAAGGCUGUCAUCACAGUUACCUCAAACAUCUUUAUUCAGCCAAGCGCUCAGCAUGACUUUAUCUUGAAGAAUGGUAACGUGCUCCAAACAACGUUCUGGUAGCAUUGGCAAGCUCCAAAACAAUGCCAGUGCUUCAAGUGCUCUGCUGAAUUUAUGUCUGUUUUCAGAAUAUAAAACUGCCAUCACCUCUGUCUCACCUCUUGCAUCAACUGGAGCCAGGGGAAAGCCUGAUGUGUUGGUGGGCUGGCUGCGAUCAGCCCCUGUGCAGAAGGCAGCUUUGGAACUGAAACAGAGUGGAGCUGUGUUACGGUUGCUGUGUUGCAGCAACUACCUGUGCUCUUCCAAGUGAGUCAGCGCUACAGGCGCCAAACCUGUUCUGUUACGUUGUGUGAGCUUGCAGAAACCUUACAAAGAGUAGGAUUUGGGCCAUCCAGAGAAGACAGCUCAGGAAAUUGUCUGUGAGGCUGAUCUCUGCUGUUUGUUUAUUUUCUGUAGUGGAAGGAUAUAAAUGCACUACAGCUUAAAAAAAAAAAAAAUUGCUUUAAAUGGGUUUGAAGCCUCUGCCAUUUCUAAUGGUUUCCUCAUCCCCAUACACUGCAGUGUAGGUACUGUAUUAAUUUGCACCUGACCCUACCUACAGACUGUACUGUCUGGAAUACAACGCAGUUCAUGCCCCUGCUGUGUUUUAUAAUUUUAGUACGGAUCCCAAUUGCUGCAUAGAAGUGGUGCAUCUCUGGUUACUGUUCUUACCUGCUAAGCUUUCUCCACUGACAUGUAAAAUGUCUCGUAAACAUGCAUUAGAAAUUCUGAUACUGAAGUAUGUGUGCCUGUGCUGUUCAACAUUUUUCUAAUGUAAAGCUUCCAGCGCCUUACUCAAGUACUGAUUUGAAGAAAAAAUAACGUGGUGGAUGGGAGGGUGAAAGUGUCAGCAUUAUUAUUUUUUUUGUUUGUUUUAAACCAUUCAGUUACUGGUUGAUGAAGAAUGCAUACUUUGUUAAUCUGUGAUGUUGCCUAGAGCUGUAUUUAAUAUUGAUUGAACUUAAUGUUUUUAUUUAUAAUAGUGUGGUAGAGCUGCAUAUCAUUACAGUAACAAUCCCCAUUACUGUGAUGACUUAAUCAAACAUUAAAAACUUCUGUAUGACCAUU